ACCCAACUUCAGUCGCAAACUUUGGCGGAUUUUCAGAGCUCAGAAAGGACGAAGGAAAAGGUCAGAAAACAUCAUCAUCAACUUCCUAAAUGAGGCGCAGUGGGACAGAACACAACAAAGGUGAGAACCAAACAAGCCUGAAUCUGACACCUUUAUUCAUUAAAACUAGUUCAUUAGGGCCCCAUUGGUUAACGGACAUGCAUCCAAACGCAAGCUGGUGCACGUCUGCACCAUCCCUGGCGUCGCUGAUGAUGUCCGGACAGGAAAAAUUACCGUCCCAGAGAGACCAUUAACGCAGCGUUAAUGACCGCCCGUCAGGAGCGUCCUUACUCUGAUUUAUUUCCACUUUAGGAAAAAACAAGACAAAAAACCUCCGUGAUCGGACAACAGAUGACAGGAGGAGUAAAGAAAGAAGCUAUUUAAAUCUGAAUCUUGCAGAUCUGUUCAUACAGAAGACGGCUGUUGUCUGGGUGAGACAAAUGAUGCUCCAACAAUCCUAAACGACACAUUAUGAACCGUCCUUCAAACCUUUCAGUUCUUCUGAAAAAAGUCCUUCUGUUGGUUCCUCAAGUUGAGAAGUCAAGUUCAAGGAGAAUGAUGGAGGACCCAACGGCUCCUUUGUUCCUCCACGAUCUCAAACAAAGCACCAACUCAUCUCAUGGAGAUCCACUAAACGUCUCAUUGUUUUCCGUUUCCCCGUCUCCAUCCCGUCCACCUGCUGACGUUGUCAUUUCCCCCAACGUGCCGUACAUGACGGCUGAGCUCAUCAUCGCCCUUUUGUCUACUCUGGGUAAUUUGCUGGUCUGCGCCGCAGUGGGUCUCAACCGCAAGUUACGCACCGUCACCAACUACUUCCUAGUGUCGCUCGCAGUCGCAGACAUCUGUGUGGGCAUGAUCGCCAUCCCCUGUGCCAUCCUGACAGACACCGGCUUACCGCGUUACAACCUCUACCUGUGCCUCCUCAUGCUCAGCGUUUUGAUCAUGUUCACGCAGAGCUCCAUCUUCAGCCUCCUGGCGGUGGCUGUGGAGCGCUACGUCGCCAUCUUCAUGCCCUUCCGCUACCAUGUCCUGAUGACGCCUCGCAACGCCGUCCUGGUGAUCCUCGCCACAUGGUUGCUGGCCUUCCUCAUCGGGCUUGUGCCUCUCAUGGGCUGGCACAAGACGCCGCCCGAUUCCAGCUACUGCUUCUUUGUGCUGGUGGUGGACAUGACCUACAUGGUCUAUUUCAACUUCUUUGCCUGCGUGCUGGCUCCCCUCGUCAUCAUGUUCCUCAUCUACGCCCAGAUCUUCAUCACGGUCAAACAGCAAGUGCGACGGAUCGGAAUGGAGCAGCGGAGCCGCGCCGAGGGCCAGAGCCGAGCGGCGGCCAGCAUGCGGCGGGAGAUGAAGAUGGCCACGUCUCUUUUCCUGGUUCUUUUUCUCUUCACCGUCUGCUGGAUCCCUCUUCACGUCAUCAACUGCUUCCUGCUGCUCUGCCCGCGCUGCCCCGUGCCGUUCGAACUGCUGCUCGCCGCCAUCAUCCUGUCGCACGCCAACUCUGCCGUCAACCCGUUCCUGUACGCGUACACCAUGACGGCUUUCAGAGACACUUUCAAGGCUAUUUUCUUGUGCUGCAGGACGUUGCGCGACAGAGAGGAGUUGAACCAGCACAACAGAGGAGAAGAAAGAAACACCAGGUCGAACCAGUGAUCCACAACAACACU